UCUAUUCAUUACUUCAGCUCUUGUUUCUCCCCUAGUGUCAUCCUUUGUCGCAGUCCACGUACGGCUUAAAUGGAGAUCAUGAAUCUUCUUCAGAUUUUCAGUUUUCUCACUCUUGCAGUAGUGGCGGCAAGCCAUGCAGCUCUGACCCCGAAAGAUUACUGGAACUCUGUGCUGCCAAACGCACCAAUGCCUAGAGCCGUCAUUGAUCUUCUGCAACCUGACCUGAAGGAUGAUCAGAAGGAAGUCGGGGUGACUUUCUCUCCAGGACAGCCAGGCGGGGGAGUCAGUGUUGGAAUUGGUCAACAGGGAAUGCCGUUCUCAUAUUCAUAUGGUGCCUCUGAGGAUCAACUCCAUGACAAUCCCAACGUAGCUCUUUUCUUCUUGGAAAAGGAUAUGCAUCCUGGCAAAAGAAUGAACUUGCACUUCAUGACUCAAGACUCAAACACAGCUGCAACUUUUUUGCCUCGCCAAGUUGCCAAAUCAAUACCCUUUUCAUCCAACAGGCUGCCGGAAAUUUUGAACAAGUUUUCACUCAAGCCCGGAUCGCCGGAAGCUGACAUAAUAAAGAACACAAUUGAAGAAUGUGAAAAACCGGGCAUUAAAGGGGAGGAAAAAUACUGUGCAACAUCAUUAGAAUCGAUGGUGGACUUCAGCACUUCGAAAAUAGGGAAAGAUGUUCAGGCAAUCUCUACGGAGGUGGGAAAAGAAACCCAGAUGCAGAAAUAUUAUACUGUCGUGCCAGGAGUGAAGAAGAUGGCGGGCAACAAAGCUGUUGUUUGCCACAAGCAGAACUAUGCAUAUGCUGUCUUUUUCUGCCAUACAACACGUACCACAAAGGCUUAUCUGGUGCCAUUGGUGGGCAAUGACGGGACUAAAGCUAAAGCUGUAGCCAUUUGCCACACAGACACAUCAGCAUGGAACCCAAAACAUUUGGCCUUCCAAGUGCUCAAAGUUAAGCCCGGAACUGUUCCUGUCUGCCAUUUCCUUCCAAAGGAUCAUGUUGUAUGGACAUCUAAAUAGAUACAAACUUCUCUAGGAAAGGGUCCUAAUUCAAAUAACCUUUUAAUUAGCAGCACCCUUUGUUCUUUAAUGUACUCGCAUACUAGCUAGCUAGAGCGAGUGUUUAGUUACAUGUUUUAUGUAUGUACGCUGUAUACCUGUGCAUGAUGCAUCAGGAUAUAAUACAUAUAUGCACUAAUAAAUACAUAUUGUGCCUUUAUUGGCCAAUUUCGUUCUUCUA